AUGUUGGGACCUCUAUCUUUCAAAAACAGCCUCUGCGACCUAGGAUCAUCUGUCAGCCUCAUGCCUUUGUCUGUAGCAAAGAGACUGGGAUAUCACAAGUAUCAAGCCUGCGGAAUCUCACUAGUCUUGGCAGAUAGAUCGAUAAGGUUACCAACUGGGAUGCUUGAAGACCUGCCUUUGAGAAUAGGGAAUGUAGAAAUCCCCACCGACUUCAUUGUGCUUGAGAUGGAUGAGGAACCAACAGAUCCAUUGAUUCUAGGAAGGCCAUUCCUAGCUACAGCAAGAGCAAUGAUAGAUUUGGCAGAUGAGCUUUUAGAAGAGCUAUCAUUGGAGGACCCCCUACAAGUUGCUUUGACCAAGGAUUCUUCAGAAGGAUAUGCCAGUUUGCGAAGUCAUGGCAGUGAGCUCGAUCAAGAACUCGAUCGAGUCGGCCUCGAACAAACGAACUCGAUCGAGCUGGGGACUGAAUGCAAGGAGCAAGCUCAAGGAGAUUGGUCUGAGCUCAAGGCACCUAAAGUCGACCUCAAACCUUUGCCUGAGGGCCUCAGGUAUGCAUUUCUGGGUGAAAACUCAACUUACCCUGUCAUUGUGAACUCUGAUUUGGAACCUGAACAGUUGAGUGCUUUGCUUGUUGAAUUGAGGAAGUACAGAAAAGCAAUAGGUUACACUCUAGAUGAUAUCAAGGGGAUCUCCCCUGACCUAUGCAUCCAUAGGAUUCAUCUAGAGGAUGAAAGUAAGUCAAGCAUUGAACCUCAGAGGAGAUUGAACCCCAAUCUAAAGGAAGUAGUGAAGAAAGAGAUACUCAAGUUGCUUGAUGCUGGGAUAAUCUAUCCCAUCAGUGAUAGCACUUGGAUAUCUCCAGUUCAUUGCGUCCCAAAGAAAGGGGGGAUCACUGUCAUUAAAAAUGACAAAGAGGAGCUGAUUCCCACUAGAACAAUAGUGGGGCAUCGCAUGUGUAUUGACUAUAGGAAGUUAAAUUCAGCAUCUAGAAAGGAUCAUUUCCCUCUCCCUUUCAUUGAUCAGAUGUUAGAAAGAUUAGCAAACCACCCUUUUUAUUGUUUUCUUGAUGGUUACAGUGGUUUCUUCCAAAUCCCGAUCCACCCUAAUGAUCAGGAGAAAACCACUUUCACAUGCCCUUAUGGUACCUUUGCUUAUCGAAGGAUGCCAUUUGGGCUGUGCAAUGCCCCAGCUACUUUCCAGAGAUGCAUGACCUCCAUUUUUUCAGAUCUGAUAGAGGAGAUGGUAGAAGUCUUCAUGGACGAUUUCUCAGUCUAUGGAGCAUCCUUCUCCUCAUGUUUGUCUAACUUGUGCAGGGUGUUGCAGAGGUGUGAGGAGACAAAUCUAGUACUCAACUGGGAGAAGUGCCACUUCAUGACUGUGAAGGACAUCAGGAGUUUUCUGGGUCAUGCAGGGUUCUACAGAAGAUUCAUCAAGGAUUUCUCAAAGAUAGCAAGACCCUUGACAAGGCUUCUGUGCAAGGAGACAGAUUUUGAGUUUGAUGAAGAAUGCCACAAGUCUUGGACCUUGCUGAAGGAUGCUCUGGUAUCUGCCCCAAUAGUUCAAGCUCCAAACUGGGAUCACCCAUUUGAGAUUAUGUGUGAUGCAUCUGACUAUGCAGUAGGAGCAGUGCUUGGCCAAAAGAUAGACAAGAAACUCAAUGUCAUCUACUAUGCAAGCAAGACUAUGGAUGAUGCUCAGUGCAAGUAUGCAACCACAGAGAAGGAACUCCUUGCCAUAGUCUUUGCCUUUGAGAAAUUUCGAAGCUAUAUAGUUGGGUCCAAGGUGAUUGUGCACACUGACCAUGCUGCCCUUAGGCACAUCUUUGCUAAGAAAGAUACAAAGCCAAGACUUCUCAGAUGGAUCCUUUUGCUUCAAGAGUUUGACAUAGAAGUUGUGGACAAAAAGGGAGUAGAGAAUGGAGUUGCUGAUCAUCUCUCUAGGAUGCGAGUUGAAGACAUGAUCCCCAUCAAUGAUUCUAUGCCUGAAGAACAGCUUAUGGCAAUCAUGAUCUUGAAAGGAGAGUUUUGA